UGGAGAGAGAGGGAGCAGAACCUCUCCUUAUCUCGACACACUAACGCACUCAGGCAGGAUUUGUCGUCUUCAUCUCAGUGAUAUAUGUCGUGUGCCGCAUGUGUGUGUUUUCCCGCGAGCCGCAGAUCUGAGCAGUUCUGAGGAACUUUGGACACUUUUGCGCAGGAGCGCGCGCGCGUUCAACACACCCGACUGAACUCCUGCAGGAGGAUUUUACCGCUGCACGACAGUCUUCUUCACUCUUCUGCAUGAAUCUCUUCGACUCCUACCUGAAAAUGAGCGACGAGCAGGACAAGAGUCUGUCCGACGCGCCCAGCCCGAGCAUGUCCGAGGACUCGGCCGGGUCUCCGUGUCCCUCCGGCUCGGGCUCGGACAGCGAGAGCACCCGAGCGGAGCAGCACCUGAGAGAGUUUAAGAAGGACGAGGAGGACAAGUUUCCCGUGUGCAUUAGGGACGCGGUGUCUCAGGUUCUGAAGGGGUACGACUGGACCCUGGUGCCCAUGCCUGUCCGAGUCAACGGCUCCAGCAAGAGCAAACCGCACGUCAAGAGACCCAUGAACGCGUUCAUGGUGUGGGCUCAAGCCGCGCGCAGGAAGCUGGCGGAUCAGUACCCGCACCUACACAACGCCGAGCUCAGCAAAACACUCGGCAAACUCUGGAGACUACUGAAUGAGGGAGAGAAGCGUCCGUUUGUGGAGGAGGCCGAGCGCCUCAGGGUUCAGCACAAGAAAGACCACCCCGACUACAAGUACCAGCCCCGGCGAAGAAAAUCGGUGAAGAACGGCCAGACCGACGGCGAGGACGGCGAGCAGACGCACAUCUCUCCCAAUGCCAUAUUUAAAGCCCUGCAGCAGGCCGACUCUCCGACGUCCAGCAUGGGAGAAGUGCAUUCCCCGGCAGACCACUCAGCAGGUCAGUCCCAAGGUCCCCCCACGCCCCCCACAACCCCCAAAACAGACGUGCCGUCCAGCAAACCAGACUUGAAGCGUGAAGGCCGUCCUCUGCAGGAGGGCAUCGACUUUGGCGCCGUGGACAUCGGCGAGCUGAGCAGCGACGUCAUCUCCAACUUGGAGCCGUUCGACGUCAACGAGUUCGACCAGUACCUGCCUCCUCAUGGGCACCCGGGGAUCCCGGUCUCCAACAGUGGCCAGGCGUACUCCUCCGGCUACGGGCUCGGAUCUCAGGCCGGAUCGGCUCACGCCUGGAUGCCCAAGCACUCGCUGAGCAGCGAGCCGCCCCAGCAAAGGACUCAGAUCAAGACGGAGCAGCUGAGUCCCGGCCACUACAGCGAGGGGUCCCCACAACACGCCAGCUACGCCACCUUCAACCUGCAGCACUACAGCUCCCCCUACCCCUCCACCACCCGCCCGCAGUACGAGUACGAGCACCAGAGCCCCGCCAGCUCCUACUACAGCCAGUACCCCGCCUUCAGCUACAUGAGCCCCAGCCAGAGGCCCAUCUACACCCCCAUAGCGGACACGGCGGGCGUCCCGUCGGUGCCUCCACCACACAGCCCUCAGCACUGGGAGCAGCAGCAACCAGUCUACACCCAGCUGUCCCGGCCCUGAGACCCUGCCGAGACCCUCUUGAGACUUUCCUGAGAUCCUCGCUCGAAACCCUGGAGAUCUUUCAAAGUACUCAAACUCACGGAAUGGCUCCCGACUGUGCCUUUUUUACAUUGCUUGGAGUUGUGAUUAUAUUUUUCUAGAUAUAAUGAAGAGAAAUCCUCUGUGAGGACAGAUCAAGAUAAUUAUUUUAGUAUGUACUGUGUAUGUGUUUUUUUUCUUCUCAGUUUUGUUGGAUUGGGGGAUUUAUACGCAGCUGCCUGUGAGACCUCCUUCACUGAUGAUAUUUUUGUAAAGACUGCUUUUGCCUGAUAAUUUCCUCUGUAUAUAUUUGUGAGGGGUUCUUAAAACUUGGGCAGAGUAUGUGCAAGUUAGCUGGGGAAAGAUGUACAGUCUGAACUCGAACACUUCUAAGCGUAUUUGCCAUGUUUGAGCUGGUGUUUCCGUGAAAACUGCCUUCAUCCAUCUGUGCCUAUACAGAUCGUGGAGGAGAAACAGGAAGUGCCCUUUGACCCGAGGCUCCUCCGUUGCUCCCCAUUGGUCAGAUUGACAUUCCUUCAGAUGCCAUGGAGUCUUAACCUCUUUAAUUUAUUCAUUAGUGUUCGUUUGACUUGAAAGUAAUACUGUCGUGUACUUCGGCUUUGUACGACUAAUUUGUGAUAAAAUGUUUCCAGAGAUGAUUAUGAUGAUUUAGUUGUAGUGCAAACUUUAACGAUCUCAUUUAUUUAUCGUUUGUUACCGUUUCCAUUUUUAAAUUUGAAAAAAUGUUCAUUUGAUAAUCUAGUUGAGAGCCGAUUAUAAUUGUGAAACUUGAUCAAACCUGUCAUAGAAACAACUGGGCUGUUGGCUACAUCUCUAUGAAAACACCAGCAUUUCUUUCUUUCCCUCGUUCUUUAUAUCAUUCAAAUAAACUGUAAAACAUGCCACCGUCUUAAAGGAAGCUUAUCUUUUGUAUCAUUAUUUGCAAUAAAAGAAAGAUAUAGAAAAUA